AUGAACGUGAGUGCCACCUCCCUAAACUACUCAGGGGCUGUGGAUGUAGCAGCAGUUGCUGUGGAAGGAGCAGCGACAGCAGCAGCAUCUGACACAACUCGGUGGCUGCCCCCAGGGAGUUCGGCGCUAGGAAGUGGCGCCAAUGGGUCCCUGGAGCUCUCAUCACAGCUGCCCGCGGGUUCGCCUGGGCUGCUUCUGUCGGCCAUCAAUCCGUGGGAUGUGAUGCUGUGUGUGUCCGGCACUGUGAUCGCUGGCGAGAAUGCAUUGGUGGUAGCCAUCAUCUCCUCCACUCCAGCCCUGCGCACGCCCAUGUUCGUGCUAGUGGGGAGCCUGGCCACCGCUGACCUGCUGGCGGGCUGCGGGCUCAUUCUCAACUUCGUGUUCCAGUAUGUGAUUCCUUCUGAGACCGUCAGCCUGCUCACCGUGGGCUUCCUGGUGUCCUCUUUCACUGCCUCCGUCAGCAGCCUAUUGGCCAUCACAGUGGACCGCUACCUGUCGCUGUAUAACGCUCUCACUUACUACUCAGAGCGGACCCUACUGUGCGUCCAUCUCAUGCUGGCGGUGACCUGGGGGGUGUCCCUAUGCCUGGGGCUCCUGCCAGUGCUUGGUUGGAACUGCCUGGCUGACCGUGCCUCUUGCAGUGUGGUCCGGCCGCUCACUCGCAGCCACGUGGCACUACUCUCCACCUCCUUCUUCGUUGUCUUCGCCAUCAUGCUGCACCUUUACGCUCGCAUCUGCAAGGUGGUUUGCCGCCACGCUCACCAGAUCGCCCUGCAGCAACACUUCCUGGCCCCACCUCACUAUGUAGCCACCAGAAAGGGGGUCAGCACUCUGGCCAUAGUCCUUGGGACUUUUGGAGCCAGCUGGCUCCCUUUCGCCAUCUACUGUGUGGUGGGCAGUCAUGAGUACCCGUCAGUGUACACGUACGCCACCUUGCUUCCUGCCACCUACAACUCCAUGAUUAACCCCAUCAUCUAUGCCUAUAGGAAUCAGGAGAUCCAGAGGUCCAUGUGGCUCCUGUUCUGUGGUUGUUUCCAGUCCAAAGUGCACUUCCGCUCUAGGUCUCCCAGUGACGUGUGA